GGAAAAACGGGAACUAAGGGAAAAACUGGGAAGAGGAGAAAAGGAAAAACGGGAACUAAAGGAAAAACUGGGAAGAGAAGAAGAGGAAAAACGGGAACUAAAGGAAAAACUGAGAAGAGAAGAAGAGGAAAAACGGGAACUAAAGGAAAAACUGAGAAGAGAAGAAGAUGAAAAACGGGAACUAAAGGAAAAACUGGGAAGAACAGAGGAACAAAAACCAAAAGGACACAAUGGAUUAAGAAAUCAGGGGGCCACAUGCUAUCUGAACUCAGUGAUGCAGACACUUUUCAUGACAGAAAUAUUUAGGAAAACUGUGGAAAGGUUGUUCAAACCAAUCGAUGUUCACAUUGCACAAUUAUUUAUGGAUUUAAAGUCUCUGAAGACAGGCUCUGCCUCCACUGAGAGAAUCACAUCUGAACUAAACAUUAAUGUUUAUGAGCAGGACGAUGCAGCAGAAUAUUUCCAGAAGAUCAUGAACAUGGUGAAUCCAGAGAUGUCUAAGGUUUUCCAGGGAGAGCUGAUGCACAAAACCACGUGUAAAAACCCAGGAAAGGAGCACCCGCUCGGAACACGUCCUGAAUCCUUUUACAUUAUUCCCAUCUGUAUGGAAAUGUACGGCAUGGAUUCUCCCAUAAACAUGCAAGACUGUUUUGAUUCAUAUUUCGAGCCAAUCACGUGUGAAGAUGAUCGAGUGAAAUGUCCAACUUGCAAAGAGCUGGUGAUCACAGAGAUUACAUGUAAUAUACAUAAACCUCCUCCAGUUCUGGUUGUGCAGCUGGAGAGUUUUCAACUAAGGAUCAACAAUUACAAGAAGAACACGUAUAAAGUUGAAAUUCAGCUGCAGUUAUCAGUUCAAGGCGACGUGUGGAGUUCAACACGAGUAUGA